AUCACGAUCUGGAACUUGUGAGAAGGUCGUUUUUGUUGCUUCUCGUUAAGGAUUGGAGGGCAAGAUGAAGAUACAUGAUGCUUACGGAGGACCAAAGAAUCCGAAUAACACAAGAGCGGGUAAGGCCCGUGGUUUGGACCUAGCAGCUAACUCGUUCCUUAUGGAGGACUACACGGACAAUGAGGGCCAAAAUGAGAGUGUGCCCCUGGAAGUGCAAGCAAACCACGUGGAAAAUCAUGUCAUACAUGUCGGUGAAGGAAACCAUUCUCGAGACGGCGACGAUGUAAUUGGAGAUCGAUGGAAGUACCUCUUUGAAAAGUUCACAAUAGAAGAAUCGCCCGGAACAGUCUCCCUUCAAAACUUCCGCAAAAUAUUGAAGGAUUCAGCUUUUCGAUCUGAGGUUGACCCCCAUAAACUCGAAGUAUUAGAGGGCAGGGCGAGUAGUGAUAGCCAAGAUGGUGGCAUCAGUUAUCAGGAGUUUGUGAAUAUUUUAAGUAACAAGAGAACCCGAAGUUUUAUGAUAGCGGUCCAUUGUCGUGACAAAGAAGUUUGGAGCGAGAACGAAUUAAGAGUCGAACCGAAGCGAACUCUCUUCACGAAGAUGGUACACAUCAUUGCAAUCGAGGUGCUUCCUGAUAAGCUUGACAGACAGUAUUAUGCCGAUCGCUACACGUGUUGCCCACCUCCGGUUUUCUUACCACUUAUCACUCUGCUGGAGAUCUGUUGUUUUAUCUACUACUUGGUUGACUUGGAUAAAGGAUUGACAUCAUCAGGACCUGUACCCGCCGACAGCAUCUUUAUAUACCGUCCAGACAAGCGAGCAGAAGUGUGGAGAUUCAUAUGUUAUAUGUUCAUCCAUUCCGGGUGGGUGCAUCUUUUCUUCAACAUGUUGGUCCAGUUAUUGGUUGGCAUUCCCCUGGAGAUGGUGCACGGCUCAUGUAGAAUAGGGAUAGUCUACCUAGCUGGGGUGCUCGCUGGUUCUCUCGGUACAUCAGUUUUCGACAUGGAUGCAUUCUUGGUCGGUGCGUCUGGUGGUGUGUACGCCUUAUUGGCAGCUCAUGUGUCCAAUAUUUUACUGAAUUACUCUGAAAUGGAACUGGGGAUUUUUAAACUUGCUGCUGUUUUUAUCAUUGCUAGUGCCGACGUGGGAUUCGCCAUUUACGACCGGUAUGCCAACGAGAUCGCGGAGCCACCAGUCUCGUACGUCGCCCACUUGACAGGAGCCUUGGCCGGUCUCACUAUCGGCUUGGUUGUCUUAAAGAACUUCGAACAAAAGUUACGAGACCAAAUCAUGUGGUGGAUAUCACUAGGAGUCUUUGGGGCAUGUACAAUAUUUGCUGUGCUAUUUAAUAGCUUUUACUAUUGAUCUGUGACAAGGGCUAGCGCUACUGAUGCUUACCUUACGCCUUCUUCCAUUACCAUUGGUGCUAUAAUAUUCGAUUCAGUAUGGAUACAACUCAACAGAUGUUUACAGCUUUUCUUUGUGUGCCGUCAGAAAAUUAUAAUAAUGUGAUACAAGAUUUGGUUUGAGAACGCUGUUGUGCGCAGAUUCACCAUUAAUCGUGUCUUAUUGCAACGUCACACUAGACGAAUCAAUUCAAAUUUUGAAUUUUGUAAUAAAGAAUUUUAAAGUAUGAUGGAUUUCACAGUCACAGAGGAAUGCUAGUAGUCAACGCCGUUGGCUAAUGAAAGAGUCUCAUCUUGCAGCAAAACGUACGGCAAUUAUGGUCUACUUGGAAAAAAAGGCUAUUCAUCACGAAGUUUCUUGAAACGAAGUGUUUACAUAACAUGCAUAAUGGUUUUAUGGUUAUUGUAAUUACUGACCUUACGAAAGAAGAGACGCUAUCGAACGUGUGAUAAGACAAUCAUUAUAACUGGCGAUUCAUUUAAGCUACGCUUAGUCAAAGAAUACAUCUAA